UUGUCAAAUGUGUCGCUAUUACAUUUACAUUUUGCAAAUAAUUUUGAAAAAAAAAAUAAAUAGAUUAAACCAUUAAACAUUAAACUAUUAAAGAAUUAAAAAUUUGCCUCCUGUUACAGUUUGUAAAGUAUUUUGACCUGUUUUCUUAUAAAUAAAAUUUUUAUUGAAAUAAUUUUCGUAGUAUUCGCAUCAACAGUUAGGCAGUGCCAUGUGGAGACAACUGAUCAUUUCUUGAUUCAUAAAAUAACCAUUGAGCUUUAUAACAUAUUCGUAUUUAUAUAUGUAUAUAUGAUAUCUUUACACAAUGUCCGAAGAAGAAGACAAGAGUACAUUAAAUGAUGCCGACAAUGCUGUGGCUAAUCCACCAAGUAAUGAAGGUGAUAGUGACAGUCAAUCAGACAAUUUAUUAGUAAACGGUAAUGAGAAUACUCCUCCAUGUCAAUUGGACAUCGGUCUGGGUACUCAUACGGAUAGCAGACGUCAUGACAAUACUUUGAAUGUAAAUGAUUCUGGAGAAGCUACUGCUUGCAGUAUCAAACGUGAAGAUAAUCUUUUAUCCUUUAGACAUUUUUUAUGCAACAAUGGACACAAUCAAACAUCAAAACCCAAAGUUGAAGUAGUGCCUAGUGUAUCACAACCAGUGAGGCCAGUAACAGAGACAUCUACCUUACCAGAUUUUGUUCAAGAUCAUAUGAAUACUGAUCAACCUUAUGACAGUGGUGAUCUAGAUUCACGAUCAAAUAGUAUUGAUUUGACACGUGGGAUAAAUCGCCCAUCUAUGUUCGGUAACCGUAGUAACCGUACACCUCAGCAAUGUGUGGUUAUGCCAUUAGAUCUUCCAUUCUCCAACACAACAACUCAGCCUCGUGCUACCACACCAACAACUACCAACAGUUUGCCAGAUUUUUUGUCCGAUGGCCCAAUUGGCGUGCCGGUUGUUCAUCCAGUCACCAGGAAUGAACAGCCAACUGAUAGAAACCGUAUAAGCAUUACCAUAAACCCACAACGUGGUGCUACACCAAUAAACCAGAAUUAUACCAGGUUUCAAAGACACAGUGAAGUUGUUGAUGCUAGGGUGGCUAGGCUAGAAGCAACAGAACAAGACUUAAGAACAACUAUAUUGAAUUUAAAUAACAUGUUACAACAAACAUUGAUAAGAGCUCAAAGAGCUGAAGAUCAAGUGAGAUCUUUAAGAACCUUAUUAAGGGCUAGAGAACAAGGCCUUAAUCCUGGAAAUUUAUCAACGAUUCCAUCGACUAUAUCAGUUGCUGAACAGAUACGUCAUGGUACACGAAAUGCCGAGAUAAUGCUUAACUUGUUGAGGGAUAACUAUCAUGACUUAAACAAUGUGGCAGCACGUCUCGAGCAACAGGAUACCAUUCAGACUUCCAAUACCCAAUUAUCAGUUGACCCAAGUGAUACAACUGAUAACAAUGUUACAUAACAUUCCUGUUAUACAAUUAUAUUAGUUGUACAUACAUAAUAAUGGAAAUUAUUUCUUCAUUAUGUUUUAUAAGUACUUGUUUACAUUUUGUGCAGAUUUAUUGCCAAGACUGGACCUCAAUUGUUUUGUUUUCUAUAUAAUGAUUAUUAUUUUUAAUAUUAUAUGUAUUGCCAUUCAAUGCUUAAAGUUGUUUUCCCAUUUUUUUUUUAUUUAGAACGCAAAUAUAGAGCAAUAGUAAUCUUUUUUUUCUACAAAUACUUCAACAGACUGUACGUUUCUACGAAACUAAAAAUAUUAAGGGACACAAGUAUAUUCAUUCAAAAACGAAAUGUGGGAUACAUUUUUCAUGAUUGUUAACCAAAUACAUUAAUUUUUAACUAAAUAGAACUUAAUAUCAUGUUAUCAGUGACAUUUUAGUUGUAGAUAUGAUUAACAAAAUAAAAUAUAUUUUAUUGAUAAAAAUAAUGUUUUGUUGUAUUAACCUAUGUUUAAUUUUAAAAUUGUUAUAUUAUUUAUUAGUUAUUUGAUAUGAAUAAUUAAAAUAUAGCAGUAUAUAAUUUAUACUAUAUAUUUAUUUUAAA